UUGCCAAACCAACUUCCCUCGAGGGAUCUUUGAGGAAGUAGAUAUUCCACCAUUCUUCUUCUUCUUCUUCUUCUUUUUUAAUAUUUUUCUAAUUUUGCUUUCUUUUAUUUCUUCUGCCCAGAAAAUGGCUACCUCAUCUUCCAGAACAAGAUCGAGCGGACCGGUGCUUCGAUCGUCCUCACCCUCUGGAAGAUUCUGCUCUUACUCCACCUCUAAUACACCCUUUCAUACGCCAUCAUCUGCUUUCGCUUCCUCUUCGAGUUCUGCUUUCUCAUCCCCCUGUUCCACUUUCUUCACAAAAACCCAACACCAUCAGCAUCACAUCCAUCAUCGCUCCGCUUCUCCUACGCGGGUCAAUUUGUAUACCUCUACGUCUCCGUCUUCUGCCGUUCGAUUCUCAAUCGAUCAGCGCUCCAUCUCUCCCAAUCGAUCCAUCUCCAAUCAUGUCAUCAGUAAGAAUAACCAUCCCAUCUCGCUCCAGAAAAAGACUUGUAUGUGUUCGCCCACGUCACAUCCGGGUUCGUUUAGAUGCAGCCUUCACAGGAAUAUGGCAAACCAUAACGGCAGCAAUCACGCCGACUCAUACCCGUCUAAUCGGCUGAACAUGCGCAGAUCGGCGAUGAAGAACUCCUUGGUGAGAAUAGGUGGAGUGGAAGGCGAGUGGGUUAAAAGAGCAUUGACCGCUUUGAUUCGGCCUUCUUCCCAUCAGCUGAGAAGGAGAGCGGCGUUUGAGCCCCGAUCCAGUCGUCUUUCGAUCAUGUCCAAGACAGAGGAUCUCUGAUUUUUAACUUGACAGGUUCAUUCGUGUUUGUCCGCUUUGACAUACGCCGUCGGAGAUCAAAUCGGAUGGUGGUAUUACAUGGCGAGACAUUGUCGCGCGAGUUCUCUCCGGCGAGUUUUGCUUUCGUCGUCCCGAGCAUUGUCGGGUGAAGUCAACGUUCGGGUCGUUCUCGGAAUUCCCAAAGGGUUCCGCAAUAGAUCUUUGGGACUGGACCCAGAUAGAUCCUUUUUGUACAUACCAUUAGCUAUGGAAGGAGUUUUGUGGACUCUUUUUCUCUUUCACUAAAUCGAAGUUCAAAUAUAA